AUGACGAAAGACGACGAGCAACAUGACUUUUCUCUUCUUGCAGUGCCCAGAAAGCUCAAUGGAUUUAGAAUGACGAGAAGUGAAUGGUUGGGGCAGAAAGAUGGUUCAAUGGUCGUAGAAUUGUCCCUGUUGCGAAUUUCAAUACUGCGAAACUCUAAUAAGAUAAUUUUAUAA